AUGGCAAUUAUGGAUAAAGGCACUUUCAAGAUUCCACAAAAUCUACCAUUGGCGGAUCCAGAAUUUUAUCGAUCUACAGAUAUAAACAUAUUACUAGGCGCUGAGAUGUUUUGGAAUACACUCUGCUUCGGCCAAAUUAAGGAAUCAUCAGAGCAUAUUUUACUUCAAAAAACAUUGUUUGGCUGGGUAAUAGGUGGCAUGUAUCCAAGCAAUUCGGCAUCACAAGGAACAGUACAAUCUAAAGAACGAAAAUGUGAAGAACAAUUCACCAAAAUUCAACGCCGAACGGAGCUAGGCAGAUUCAUAGUGCAACUGCCAAUCAAGGUAGACAAGCUGCAAACAUUAGGACGAUCUUACGGCAUAGCGUUAAAACGGUUCUAUUUAUUGGAGCGCAAGCUGAAUCGUCACCCGGAGAUGAAAAGGGAAUAUGCACGAUUUAUAAAAGAAUAUUUAGAGCUCGGACACAUACAUCCUGUUACUUUAGAAGCUCAAAAGGCAGUUCCGGUUUAUUAG